AUGCUUGUAUCCUCGCCUCUAUCAUUCUCUCCUCCGGAAAGCCCGCUGAGACCAACAAUCGACGCGUCGAGGAAUAGCGCAAGGGCAGCUCCCAUCCCCGAGGGUGCUGUUAGAGGGUUUGCCACCGUUGGCAGUCUCGUACGCUCUGAGCACUUCACAAGCCGUCUUGACGACGACUUCGAUGCGAUACAAGGAGCACAGUCACGACGGAUGCCGCAGGCUACCAUAGAGUCUGAAUCGGUUGUGGAAAAGCCCACGAGGCGGUCUACAAAGAAGACUGCUACUACCACUGCUACGGAAGGGUCCGAGAAGCCCAAACCGAAGCCUCGAGCGCGCAAACCAAAACCCAAGUCAGACAAAGAAAUCCUCGACUCGGACGAUGAGCUCCGAUGCCCGCCGGAACGACCUACCAAGUCCCCUUUCUUCGACGAGAAUACGUUGGAACCUCCGGCCGAGGCUGCGGUUGAAGCCGCGAAUGCGCCUAAGCUGACCAAGUCGGGUAAGCCUCGGAAGCCGCGUGCAAAGAAGCAGAAGCCUGGAGAAGAAGGAGCAGAGUCCGCGCCAAAGCCUAAGAAACCGAGAGUCACAAAAGCGAAAGCUGGGGCAGGCAAAGAUGCGUCGCUCGUGUCUGCACAUUUCCCCGAGGAAGCAGACAAAGGCGAAAGCUCGGGAACACGCCCCUCGAUACAGGUUCAAGACACACACGCAGAGUAUCCAUCCAUCUGGGAGGUGCGUGAAAGCCCACGGCUGAAGAAGAAGGCUGCGCCGAGGCAGCGUCAGCCAGAUCCCAUUGCAGAAGGGCUGGACUUGGAGGAGGCUGUCGUCAGGAGACGAGAUUGGACGCCGCCACCUGACACGACAGUUCCAUCGCCGUUCACAGACUCAGCCGGAAAGGAGAACAGGACACUGGCGCAGAACGAUGAUGGUACCUUCACAAACCUACUCUCCAACUUUGCUUAUGCACAGUCACCAUCUGCUCAAGUCACCGUAAAGUCGACCAGCGCAGACACGGAGGUAGUAGCGGCGACUAAGCGCCGGAGAACUGAGCUCGUUGAAAUACCUAGCAACCAAGCCAACCCUAGAGACUCAUCACCUGAGAAGGGCAAAGCCCCAAAGAAGAAACCACGCACUAUCACAGAUCUUGUCACGGAACAGUAUGCAUUAAAGGAUGCAGAGCCGAAUCCGAACGAUUCAAGCAGUAACUUCUUUGAUUCUCGGGCUUCAACAACUACAACAAAAGUGCCGUUGAAUGAUACAUCUACACCCGAUGGCAAAGCGGUACCAAAGAAGCCAGCAAGGAGGCGCAAUAGCUCCAAAUCAGGUACAGAGAAAGAAAAGGCCGACCCUAAGCCAAGAUCAAGGAAAGCAUCUGCGAGAGCUGCCGCUAAGCCAAAGCCUGUUGCAGAAAAGUUACUCAGCCCUUCUUCUGCAACGUCGCGUCUACAGCAGCAAGAUGUCCUGUUCGGAACAUCAAGUCAACUUGCGCUCGAAGAGUCGCCCACCAUGGUACGACAGAUCCAGUUCGCAAUGAAGGAGUCGGAGCGAGAUGCCGAUAAUCUUGAUCUUGUUGCAUGUGGUGCGCCGUCGCGCUGGCCACGGCUCGGCAGCGCUGAAGGCAAACGGGGGCUCUGGGCUGCGAGUGCACGAGACGGCGAAGGCGGCAUGCUUGAACACCUGAAAGACAUUUAUAUACCAGAGCCAGAUAGGACACAAGAUAUUCCCUUGCUUAUGGACAGCACCAACGACAUGCCUGGUGGAGAGUUUGAUGAUCAAUCCACGUUCAUAGACAUCGACGACAUACUGUCAGACCCUCCUCUGACAAUCCCUGUAUCUUCCAACUCGCCAACGCCACUUGACGCCACUUCCCAUGCCUUGCCAUCUCAAGAAUAUCGUCAAAAUAAUACCCAGAGGAAAGAUACAGGCUUCGAAGACAUCGACAACUUCACGCAAGAGCCACCACCUUCGAACCAAAACGCUGUGUCACCGAACAGCUUUGUCGACAUCGAUGACUUCGAUUUUCCACCCUCUGCGCAGAUGCGGAAAUCACCCGUCCUGAAGUUUAGACCUCCGGCUUCAGCACCUCCAACCAUGGACGGCUCGCCGAAGAAGCGUGGUAGGCUACUGAAGUCACACCCUGCGAUCUCUAAAUCAAUCUCUACAUCCUCUUCACCAGUGUUGAAGUCCUUACCUCCAAAGAUCAGGGCAAAGGCAAAGACUGGUCACAAGGUACCUACAACUCCACCAAGGGGGUCAGGCCGCUUUGUCGAUAUUGAAGAAAUCCUUGAUUCUGAAGAUGAAGCUCUUCAAGUACUAUCACCUACACCACCUCGAAUACGGAAACAUGUCGAUUCUGAACCUCUAUCUUUGAUUACCCUUUCACCCACCACAUCGCCUAACAAGGCCCAAAAAGCCACCAAUGUCAGGGCUAAAUUGUUAGCUGCUGACCCAGCUUUGACGCCUAUACAUCGCAUAUCAAACAACCUACUAGAAUGGGUCCACAUUAAGCCCAGCGUUUUCUCCCAGAUAUCAGCGCAUAUCCGCUCGCUGCCUCCAACCAUAGAUCCCAAAUAUCCUAGCUGGCACGAGAAGAUCCUCAUGUAUGAUCCUAUUGUUCUUGAAGAGUUUACCGCGUAUUUGAACGCCAACACGUCGAUACGCGUGUUCAAGAGAGCGACACAAAAACAGAUCAAAGCCUGGAACUCGGACUUGAAGCGUAGGGGCGAAGCGCCGGUGAGUGUGGAGAAAGACGCCGAGGACGUGCUUGCAGUAGAGAAAGAGCUAGAAGGGUACAUGGGGCAAGGGUGGUGCGAGAGUCUGAGUAUCUGCUGUAUCUGGGGAGAAGGGCGGGGUAAAGGUGGGGCGCGGAAGGGUUUCUACUGA